AUGAGUGGCCACCUGAAUCCGAAGGACUCGAUGAAGUCCACCUGGCGACGGCUGGAUCGCGCCGAAUGGACCAUCUUCCACUGGUUCUAUGAGAUACUCGGCAUCCAUCCGGUGGCUUUGGAUAAGGAGGUGCCCGUCCACGAUAAGCAAGAAAAGGUGCCUUACAUGCCGGAAUGGCAUUUGCACCGCUGGGUGCUAAUCCACUCAUUCAUUCCUCUCGCCAUCCAUCACGUCUAUACAUCCUAUACCGGCCACAACCUAAGCCCCCUUGCUGCCUUCAUCUUCUAUAGUGCAGCUUUCAAAAUCAUCGCCAUUCAUGAGAUACACGUCCUUCGUCGGCUGGGCCAUCUCCUCGGAUUCCUCGAUGGCGACCAACACGAGCGGGAUGGGGUGCCGGAUGUCGGCGUGGCCAAGGUCGUCCACUCCCUGGUCUCGACGUCUACCUUUCGCCCGAUGUUCACUGUGUUCCUCAGCUAUCGUGCCAGCCAGCCCCCGUCGUCCAUGAAUUGGCUUUGGCUCCCCCUCGAAGCCGGGCUCUACGGAAUCAUUCUCGACUUUUGGUUUUAUUGGUAUCACCGCUUGAUGCACGAGGUUGAUGGUCUCUGGAAAUACCACCGGACUCACCACUUGACAAAGCACCCCAACCCACUAUUGACGCUGUACGCCGACACCGAACAGGAGUUCUUCGAUAUUCUCGGCAUUCCACUCAUGACUUACUUCAGCAUGAAGCUCAUGGGCUUCCCUAUGGGUUUCUACGAGUGGUGGAUCUGCCACCAGUACGUUGUUUUCGCCGAGAUCGCAGGGCACAGCGGCCUGCGCCUCCACACUGUACCGCCCAAUACCCUCACUUGGUUCCUUCGGAUCUUCAAUGCUGAAUUGAUCAUCGAAGAUCAUGACAUCCACCACCGCCGGGGAUGGAAGAAGAGCGCGAACUACGGCAAACAAACCCGUCUGUGGGAUCGUGUGUUCGGCACCUGCGGAGACCGCGUCGAAUGCUACAGGGACAAUAUCGAUUACGAUAACCAAGUGUCGAUGCCGCUGAUUUGA